AUGAAAACUCGUUGGCAGCCCUUGCUGGUGACCUUGCUACAGAUGUGGGUUGUCGCUUUGUACUUCAGGCUAAAGCUGUGCUGGUGGCGGCUUCUGUCUCUGUGGGCAAUGGUCUCCAUUCUUACUGGUUACACUCUCUCCAGAGCCGCCCAGAAACCACACUAGGGAAAAAUACCGAGACUGGUCUCCAAAUGCUUUCUUCUAAUCUACAAGAUCAGCUAUACACUUGGCGUCGUGGGUUAUUUGGCCAUCAUGUUUACUAUAUGUGGAUUCAAUCGAAUACUCAAGUAAAAUCAAAUAGAUUCCAUGGAUUUGAAGAUUAGAUCCUUGUUCUAUGGCCUUUACUAUGGGAUAAUGGGUUGAGACUUUGCUGAGAUCUUCUCAGACUACAAGGCAUCUACUAUAGGGCUCUACAGUGUCAGCCAGAUCCCCACCAGGAGCCUGAUCAGCGACAUCUGUGCAGUUUGUGGGCAGAAGAUUGUUGUUGCACUUGACGAAGACGGGCUCAUUGAAAACACCUUCCAGUUGUCACGUAGCCACACAAGCACAUACGGCGGCUACAGCAGUCAAAGGAGGUUCGCUCCCUUUCACAUGCGGUUCCCAGCACAAGAUAAAGUUGCUGGGAAUCAGUGGAGAACUCUGAGCAAAGAAUAUUGCAUUAACACUUGA